AUGCGAAAGUCGACUGGCAACAAAGAAAACAAGAAGGACACUUCCGCGGAGGCCUCUCCAAAGCGCAAGACUCCAGAGUCUUUGGUCAAGGCUAUUGCGAAGAAAAUCAAAACGGAAAAGUCGCUAGCCAAACAGUUGGGAGAUAUCACACCUGCCCAAGUCAAGCGGAUCGAAGAGGCAUUCCCUGUACCUAGACUAUUGACAGUGGGCGUCACUGACUUUCACAUCAGAAAGAAGACAUUAAACGUCGACUCGCCAUCAUUCACCCCUGCCACCCUACCAGUCCCUGGUAAAACCACCAUCUCUUCGCAAGCCGCCAGUGCCGCACCUUUCACACCUCGAGGACUCACUAGCGGUACAGCUACGCCCAAUACGCAGCCAGAGCCGCAGGCUCCAGCGUUCAAUCCUGCCCAAAUACGAGAGUUUACACCUCAAGCUUAUGAGCCAGCUGAAUCAGUUCCUCAGACAGAUGGCACUGCAUCCGACCAUCAUCUUUCAUAUGACCCCUUUCAAAUGUCUGCGGUUGCACAAGCUGUUCCAACGACCACACAAUAUAAUCCUUACCUGGAAGAUACUUCCAACAUUAGCAAUAACGCCGCAGCAUGGAUCCAGUCACAGACAGCAUUCAUUGCACCCGGUCAACCUCUUCAAUAUCAUUUAUACGCUCCUAUUGGGCCCCAUAGAGAAGACCUGCUUGCUUACCAAAGACAUGCUCACGAUUUCUUCAUGCCAGAGGCUCUGCGCGAGGAGUUGCAGAAGAAAGCUGAAGCGACCUUCCAGGUCAUGCCGAAUUCUCAACUUCCCACUCUUGAUAAUUAUCACACCUUGGUCGCCCUCGAUACUAGCCAUCGAAAGAGUGCCGCCGUUUUCAGUUACCCAAGUUGGGUGUACAAAGCGACUUCGAUUAAGAACGGGCAUAUGUACACUUUGAGACGGCUGGAAGGUUAUCGUUUGACUAACGAGCGAGCAAUUCGAUCCGUGAAGGACUGGAGGCGAGUAAAUUGUGGAGGUGUAGUGUCAGUCAUUGACGCCUUUACUACCCGAGCUUUUGGGGACAGCUCUCUUAUAUUUGUGACUAAUUAUCACCCGCUGUCAAAGACCUUGGUGGAACAUCAUUUCACCAGUACCAACCGAUAUGGAAAUCGGGUCUCCCAAGCCGUUCCUGAGCCAGUGUUGUGGAGCUACGUGGUACAGAUCGCUUCAGCUAUCAAAGCUGUACAUGCCGCGAGCCUGGCAGUUCGAUGCAUGGAUCCAUCCAAGGUUAUCCUCACAGAUAAAGGACGCAUUCGUCUCAACGCUUGUGCUGUUCUCGAUGUUGUAAAAUUCGAUGCUCAACGGCCAUUAGCAGAGCUACAACAAGAAGACUUCAUCCACUUUGGAAAGUUGAUUCUCUCCAUCGCAACCAACAACCUUGCUGUCAUGACAUCUCCUACGCUCCUGGGGUUUGUUGAUCAGCUGAGCCGGACAUAUACAGCGGAGUUUCGAGACACUGUAGUCUGGCUCCUCACGCCCGCUCAAACUCCUGGGAUUAAGACUGUUGGGGAACUACUGAGUGGUAUAUCUACCCACGUUGUAGAUGUAUUUGACAACAGUCUUCAUGCGAAUGACACCCUUUACUCUGAGCUCAACCGAGAAGUUGAGAAUGGUCGCAUUGCUAGGCUCUUGAUGAAGCUAGGUACGAUCAAUGAACGACCGGAAUAUGAAGGAAAUCCACAAUGGAGCGAGCAAGAUGGCCGCUAUGUCAUCAAAAUGUUUAGAGAUUUCCUUUUUCACCAAGUCGACGCAGAAGGGAAGCCCGUAAUAGAUAUGGGGCACAUUAUUUCAUGCCUCAACAAGGUAGACGCUGGAAGUCAGGAAAAGAUUACCCUGACCGCGAGAGACGAUCAGAAUAUCUUUGUUGUGUCGUACAACGAAAUUAAGAAGCAGGUAAAUGCUGCUUGGGCGGAGCUACAGAAGCCGUCGAUGCGUCGCUAG